AUGGGCCCCAACGUUGGAAAUGGCUUCGGCGGCAUGGAAAUGGGGCCUACGAUGCAGAACAAUGGCCCCAACGUACCCCAAGCGACAGAAUACACCCUGCAGGGCGUUAUGCGCUUCCUCCAGACCGAAUGGCACCGUCACGAGCGCGACAGAAAUGCGUGGGAGAUUGAGAACCAGGAGAUGAGGUCCAGGAUAGCCAACCUCGAGGGACAGGCACGACGCGCCGAUGCUACGCAAAAAGCCCUGCGCAAAUAUGUCGCCAUUCUUGAGCGCAAGGUCAAGGACCAGACUGCCCAGCUCAAGGGCACAAACCCAGACAAUACGGCCGACACUGAUGCCAAAAAGGACCGCGAUGCCAAAAUCAAAGAAAAAUUGCACGGAAUUCCAGAGAAACAGCCAGUCCCUGGCGUCGACGGGGUAGAAAUCGAGCGUACCGACGACGACGCACACAGGCAAGAACUCAAGACUUUCCUGGACCAGUGCCAAUCCGAAUUCAUGUACCUCAUGAUUGCACCAGCGAAUCCGUUACCCCCGAGAGACUCACCGCCUCUACCUAUGAUGGAGGACUUGCGCGAGGUCGACCCGUACGGGCUUGGUCCGCCUCAAGAUGCCCGGCAAUUUCAACUAGCUUCACGACCUGCUCAGAACCACGUCCAGGAAAUGAAUUCGAGGCAAAAUCCAGCUAGCGGCACGACAGUCUCGAUGCACGAUCCGUCAUCCAGCUUCAGCCAGAAGCCCUCGGACUCGCAUCCGCAGGUCAUGGUCCGCACAGAGGAGCAGCCGCAAUAUCGGAAUUCCAACGACUGGCCGGCCCCUAUAUCCGUCUCUAUGAGAGCUGUCAACGAUGACUCUGUUGGCGCCUCACAAGCUGUUGAGACUUUGCACGAAUCCGAGAGCCGCGAGCGAACGCCUGCACCACCAGACUCGGACGGGUGGGAUUUUUCUGAGGGCGCGCUGCCCGACACUGCCCAGGCCCGCAACCCCUCUACCUCGAACCGUCCGGACACAGACGUGUUUCCCCACGCAGACUACAUGCCGAAAUCGCCCGGUCGCGUGCCUGGCAGCCAGCGCCGAAAGAGUUCCCUGUCGAGGCGCCGGAGCAGCGAACAAGAACUAAGCCUUGCUUCGCAAAAGGCAGACAGCGGCAACUUUAAGCUGCGAUUUGGGCUGCGCGGCCACCUCAACACUGUGCGCACCGUCAUCUUCUCUGGCGGUGGCAGUCCCGGCGAGCCGGAGAUCUGCACCGCCGGCGACGACGGCAUGAUUAAGCGAUUCCACAUCCCGCGACUCGACACGCAUUCCGGCAUGGGCCAUGGCGCCUCUGAUCUCGACGUCAUUGCCAACUUUACCCACCGCGGUCACAACGGUGCCGUUCUCUCCCUCACAUCGUGGUCGCCAGCACCCAACUUUUCCACAGGCGGCCGCGCGCAAGGCGAUGGCUGGAUCUUCUCGGGCGGCCAAGAUGCCUCGAUCCGCGUUUGGGAGCGCGGCCGGGUGGAUCCUAAAGCGACGCUCGAAGGUCACACCGAUGCUGUAUGGGCCUUGUGCGUCCUGCCCACGACUCUAGGGGCCAUAUUCGGCAACACGAGCCAGUUUGGCACGCCCGACCGCUUAUUGAUUGUGUCGGGUGCGGCCGACGGCACCGUGCGCCUGUGGUCCGUCAGCGCCCCGCCGCAGCUCACCUCGCCGCAGCCGGGCGGCUCCAACCGAGGCGUGGCCGGCCGCCGUGUGCGCGGCAACUCCAUGAGCUCAGGCAGCGGGUUCCCCAACUCGCCGCAGCCCAGCACGGCGUCCAACUCGCCCUUUCACCAGACGCUGGUGCACAUCAUCACACGCCCCGACGGCGCCACCACAGCCAGCCCGACGAGCAUCGCGCCGCUCGGCCCCGCGGGCGACACCUUUGUCGUGGCGUACGCCGACGCCGCCGUGGUGGUCUACGACACGCGCACGGGCGAGCAGGUCGGCCAGAUGGACAGCAUGGAGACGUACGACGGUACGGAAAAGACGAGCGUCAACGCCGUCGUCGCCACGACCAUGGGCCUCGACCAGGCCAGCAACCAGCACCACAGCGGGAAGAUUCAUGAGGACGAAUCGGGCGGCGGCGGGCCCACGGGCGGGCGUUCCAUGGCAGGCAGCGGCGUGGAAGGCACCAUUAUCACCGGCCACGAGGACCGCUUCGUGCGGUUUUUCGAUGCCAACAGCGGCCAGUGCACGUACAACAUGCUCGCGCACCCCGACGCCAUCUCCAGUCUGUCGCUCAGCCCCGACGGGCGGGAGCUCGUCAGCGCGGGGCACGACGCGUCGCUGCGCUUCUGGAGUCUGGAGAAGCGCUCAUGCGUGCAGGAGAUUACGAGCCACCGCGUCAUGCGCGGCGAGGGCGUUUGCGCGUGCGUCUGGAGCCAGGACGGCAAGUGGGUGUGUACAUCAUGGUUGAUGAGCAAAGCCCAUCCAAUGUACAACACGCCCACUUCAUAUAUCCUCUCACGGCCCAUGACCAGCUCAACUGGCCUCCUCGGGCUUCUUCUCCCCAUCGCCCCCCUCGUCCACCACAAUCACCACUUUACCAAACCCCUUGCCCUCCUUGACAUAUGCCAGCGCCUUGCCCGCCUCAGCAAACGCAAACGUGCGAUCCACGACCGGCCGGAUGCCCCUGCUCUCAUAAAACGCCAGGGCCUCCUCGAGACGAUCGCGGCCGCCGUUGAGCACCCCCUUGAUGGUGACGCUGCGCGCCAGCGCCAGCGCAUUCACAUCCAUCCUGUGCAGCGUGGGCGUCUUGCCGUCCCCGCCGCCGUCGUCCCCACCGCCGCCGCCGGGGACGGCGCUGCUGCCGCCCCCCAAGCAGUUGAUGACGCCGCCAAACGCGACGCACUUGAAGCUCUUGCGCAGCGUGCGCGCGCCGUCUCCCGUCUCGAAGAUGACGUCUGCGCCACGCCCGUGCGUCGCGCGGAGCACGUCGCCCUCCCACGCCCAGUGCGUCUGGUAAUUCACAACGGCGUCGGCGCCGAGCUCGUCCCUGGCCCUGCUGCCCAGCUCGUCCGUGGGGGCGGUCACGACAGCCGUCCAGCCGGCCGCCUUGGCAAUCUGCAAGCCCGCGAGCGCCGUGGCGCUCGUGCCCUGCAGCAGCACCGUUCCGCCCACCACCAGAGGCCGCAUCCAUUGAGGCUCACAGCCGACAUCUUGACUAGCACCUCGCCUUCUUGGGGUGUCGGCAGCGCGGCCUCGACGAGCGUCAGCUUGCCGACGCCGUCCAUGGCUGUCGUCCACUGCUUGUUCUUGGGUGCGGCGACGUGCACCCAAUUUCUGCGAAUGGAAUCCGGAUGGGGUGCCGCAGCCCUGUCCUCUGUUGGUUUUGGUAUUGUCAUUGUAUCAAAUUGCGUUGAUAUAGAGUUGGAUUGA